AUGGCUCCCCACAAAGCAGCCGCACAUGUGCACAACUACAAUACUCACACGCAUGCGCGGCAGCUCCAAGGGAAGCCGCCUGCACAUAAAACCACACGAACGGCCACCCAGGGACCACACACAAGUGCGGCCACCCAGGGACCACACACUUCAAAGAGGGAUCCCAGCCUGCUACGCCUCUGCAACAGGGCCACAGUGCCUGAAGACAGCCUGACCACAGGGGGGCAACGACUCUACAUACUGCAGCCAGAAUCCAUAGUCAAUGCAGCUUACAGCUGGAAGGGGAUACCUGAUGCAAGCUCCUGA